CAACCCGACCCGAAAACCCGUACACCCACCGCCAUAGGAAUAACCCGGUACCCUUUCUAUAUAAACCCUAACCCUGAUCUUCAAAAAUCCUCAUAACCACUUGGAUCUUUCUUCAUCGUCACUCUUGAUCGGAAUCCGGAUCGGAGGACUAUCGUAUACAAUCAUCAUUCAAACAAAGUUCAUGGUUGAUAUAGAAGUUCAGAUCCCAUCUGCUUUCGAUCCAUUUGCUGACGUUGAACAAGAUUCAGGUGGCGGUGCCGGAGUCAAAGAGUAUGUUCAUAUCCGCAUUCAACAACGAAAUGGUAGAAAAAGCUUGACAACAGUUCAGGGUCUCAAAAAGGAGCUCAGUUACGAAAAAAUUCUCAAAGAUUUGAAGAAAGAGUUCUGCUGCAAUGGCACUGUUGUGCAGGAUAAAGAGCUGGGUAAAGUGAUUCAGCUUCAAGGCGAUCAACGCAAGAACGUUUCUGCGUUCUUGACCCGUGCGGGUAUUGUGAAGAAAGAUCAGAUCAAGAUCCAUGGUUUUUGAAAACAAAGUGGUUUGAUUUUCGGAUUCGGGUUGUGUUUUGCUUAUUGAUGCAUACUACUACAGUUUCAGUUUCUUGAUUUCUGGUUAAUGUUGUUUUGUGGGUUUUUACUUUUCUGUGAUGGAUGUUAUGUGCAACUGGACUAUGUUCGCCACUUUGGUUGGUUAUGCUCAAAUAAAAGACUUUAGUGUGUUCAAUA